CGGCUCGCCAUUCGAAUGAUAAAGCGAUGCCGAUGAGAUCAGACAUGACACAAAGCCGAUAAACUAGAAAAAAGAUCGUUAAUUCAGAAGAAAAAUGGCGGUGGGAAUAUCAAAGGAUUUAAUAACCCAACUCCAGAUCUCACUUCACAAGCAAGCCAACGUGCCUUCCUACGAUCCCAACGACCCAUCGCUUCCCGGUCUCCCUUCCUUCCUUCACUCGGUCGAUCGCUCUCCCCGCCUCCGCUGCCACCACUGCAAGGCCCGUCUCCUUCGAGGCUCCGACUUCCUCCUUUGCAUUUUUUGCGGCAAACUCCCCACUGAGACGCCGCCUCCGCCCAUCAAAUUCCAGUCCACUUCGGGUUACAGAUGGUUUCUUCACUCUCUUAACUUGGAUGGAUCUGAAAUUGUGGGAGAGUCUUUAGACGGGAAUGGAAGGGAUAAAGAGCGUAGAGAGGAGUCUGCUUUAUCUGAUAUUUUAGGUUUAGAAAUAAGGUGGAAUGAUUCAGAGCCGGAGGAGUUUGAUUCUGGUUUAAGAAAGUAAUCCGUUGAAUUUAGACGGACUUGAUCUUGGUAAUGAUUUUUUAGCUGAAAGGAAAGAAGAUUCUGAUCCGAUUCCCUCUGAAGGGGCACUGCCGGUAAAGAAAGGGAUUGAUUCUACUGCCAAUUUUCAGGGUUCGGUCUCUGGUUGGCAGGCUGACUUUCAGUCUUCCGAUUCUAGAGCUGAUCAAGGUGCAAUUAGCUCUCUGUCGUUUGAUCCUUAUGUGAGUUCCUCAAAAGAUAUUUCUUCCAACAUGGGCAUGGUCUUCGGACAGGGUACUAGUUUAUUUGAUGGAAAAGAAAAAAGCAAUCAAACUUCUUUGGAUUCCAAAACACCAGACUGGUUUCAAGGUGAUUUAAAGAGUAAUUCCAUUUCCAGUGAUCAAGCACAAAGCAGUACCAGCAACGCCCCCCGUGACAGGACUAUUGACAUCGAUGACAAUUCCUUUGAUGACUGGAAUGAUUUUAAGGGUUCCACCAUUGCACAAGAUGUUGCUCAGAGUUCUUCGGACCAGACUUCUGGUGGUUUGAAGUCAAUACAUGAAGAGGGUUCUUCUGCCGAUCUUUCUACUCACUUGGAUAGUGUCUUUGGAACAGGAGACUUCUUUGAGGGAAAAGCAGUAGAUAGCACAAUUUCAUCACACAGUACUAAUUGGUUUCAGGAUGAUCUAUGGGGUAGUUCCACCUCAAAGACGGUUCAUCAUACUGAGCAAUCUGAUGAGAAUGUGGGUGAUAAUGAUGAAGAUGAUGAUUCAUUUGGAGCUUGGAAUGAUUUUAAAAGCUCAAGUGUCCUGAAUUCUUCAAUUGAUCUUUCUGAUCAUGUUGAUACUGUCUUUGCAUCGGGAAAAGAUUUAUUUGAUGGGAAAGCAAAAGAUAGCUCUAAUGCUUCUGAUGCAAACAAGUGGUUUCAGGAUGAUCUAUGGUCUAAUUUUACCUCAAAUUUAACUCAGCAAGCUGAAAACUUGGAUGAAACUGGUAACAUUAUGGAUUCUGGAACAGCUAGGGUCGUGCAUGAUCCCCCCUCGAUGGGUGUUGAUUGGUUUCCUGAUGAUCAAUGGUUAACAGGUAACCUGAAGGCAUCUGAUGCGAAACCUAUUGAUGAACCAGAUGAUUCGUUUGGUGAUUGGUUUGACUUCUAAAGCUGAACUACUAAGCAAGAUUCUCUUAGUAAUUCUUCGAAACAAGCUGUUAGAACUGAUAAUCAGACCAUUGAUGAUAAUAACAGCUUGUCCGCUGCCUGGAAUGAUUUUUCAAGCUCAGCUAGAGUGAGACCCUUCAAGUAUUUCUGUAGAACAAACUGCUGUCCAUCAAGAAAUGUCUUCCCUUGAAACUUCAGGCAUUAACAAUUUCGGUAGUUUAUCACAACAUGAUUUCUUUUCAGGGGCAUUCAGCAAUUAAAAUGGCUCGACCGAAACUGAUAUUUUCUGGUCUGCAGCUCCUCUUUCA